AUGUGCUUUGAUUUUAUAUUAAGAACAAAAAAAAACGAGAUGGCCAAUUCAUCAUCGGCUGAUGAAUCGGAUGAUCAACAUGAACAACAACAACAACAAAGUGAUGAUGAUGAUGAUUCACAACAAUAUCAUUCACGUAAUGGUAAUGGAACAAAAUCAGAAAAAGAUUCAAAAUCAUCAAAAGAUAAUAAUAAAAAAUCUAAAAUUAAAAAAGAAUCAUCAUCGUCAGAUGGUAAAGUUGAAAAGAAACGAAAAAAGAAACAAGAAGAAGAAGAUGAACAUAUUUGGAAAUGGUGGGAAGAAGAAAGUCCUGGUGAAGGUAUCAAAUGGAAAACAUUGGAACAUAAUGGUCCAGUAUUUCCACCGGAUUAUGAACCAUUACCAAAGAAGGUACGAUUCUAUUAUGAUGGAAAACAUUUCGAACUAUCAUCAGAAGCCGAAGAAGUGGCCGGAUUUUAUGCACGAAUGUUGGAACAUGAAUAUACAUCGAAAGAUGUUUUCAAUAAAAAUUUCUUCAAAGAUUGGCGUAAAACAAUGAAUGAAAAAGAACGUGAAUUGAUUACUGAUUUGAAAAAAUGUAAUUUUCAUGAAUUGAAUGAAUAUUUUAAACAACAAUCCGAAUUACGUAAACAGAUGACAAAAGAAGAAAAACAACAAAUUAAAUUGAAAAAUGAAGAAAUUGUCAAUAAAUAUGGUUACUGUAUUGUUGAUGGCCAUAAACAAAAAAUUGGCAAUUUUCGUAUCGAACCACCUGGAUUGUUUCGUGGCCGUGGUGAACAUCCUAAAAUGGGUAAACUGAAAAAACGUGUACAACCAGAAGAUAUAAUUAUUAAUAUUGGUGAAAAAGUUAAAAUACCGACACCACCGGCUGGUCAUAAAUGGAAAGAAGUACGUCAUGAUAAUACUGUUACAUGGUUAGCAUCGUGGACGGAAAACAUUAUGGGCAAUGUUAAAUAUAUAAUGUUGAAUCCAUCAUCAAAAUUGAAAAGUAUAAAAGAUUGGCAAAAAUAUGAAAAAGCACGUGAAUUGAAAAAAUAUGUGAAUAAAAUCCGUUCCGAUUAUAGGGCUGAUUUUAAAUCCCGUGAAAUGAUGAAACGACAACGUGCUGUUGCAUUAUAUUUUAUUGAUAAAUUAGCAUUGAGAGCCGGCAAUGAAAAAGAAGAAGGUGAAACCGCUGACACUGUUGGUUGUUGUUCAUUACGUGUUGAACAUAUUACAUUACAUUCAGAAAAAGAUGGCAAACAAUAUGUUGUUGAUUUUGAUUUUUUGGGUAAAGAUUCCAUACGUUAUGUGAAUUCAGUAUCGGUGGAGAAACGUGUGUUUAAAAAUCUAAAACAUUUUAUCGUCGAUAAAAGUCCAGGUGAUGAUCUUUUUGAUCGUCUGAAUACAUCAAGUUUGAAUAAGUAUUUAAAUUCUUUGAUGGAUGGCUUGACGGCCAAAGUAUUUCGUACAUAUAAUGCAUCCAAUACUCUACAACAACAGCUAAAUGAAUUAACAAAACUUGAUAUGACAAUGCCGGAAAAGAUACUUGCCUAUAAUCGUGCAAAUCGUGCCGUUGCAUUGUUGUGUAAUCAUCAAAAAUCUGUUUCCAAAACACAUGAUAAACAAAUGGAAAAUCUUAAUGGUAAAAUUAAGGAUAAAAAAACACAGAUUAAAGAAUUGAAAAAACAAUAUAAAGAAACAAAAAAUGAUGCUGGCGCUAAAGAAAAAUAUAAAAAGAAAUUGAAAACAUUGGAAGAACAAUUGAAAAAAUUGGAAGUGGCCAAAGUUGAUAAAGAAGAAAAUAAACAAAUUGCAUUGGGCACUUCGAAGCUAAAUUAUUUGGAUCCACGUAUCAGUGUUGCAUGGUGCAAAAAAUGGGAAGUUCCAAUUGAAAAGAUUUACAAUAAAACACAGCGUGAUAAAUUUCGUUGGGCCAUUGAAAUGGUUGGUCCUGAUUAUCAAUUUUGAAGAAUUUCGUAUCAAAAAAAAAAAAAAAAAAUCGAACGAAUCCAUUGAUCAUCAUUGCAUUUGUGAAUGGCAUUGCAUAUCCUUUAUGGAAUCAACCAAUUCAAGCAUCCAAUCGAUAAUAAUAAGGCCAUCACAUUAUCAUUUUUUUUAUAUAAAUAUCAAAUCAAACCAGAGAAAACGCAACCAA